CGUCGAUUUCGAUCUGCACUCUUCCCCUUCUCUCACUCUGCAAACUCGCCAGCUUUAUCAUCCCUCUUCUCUCCUUUUACACACAUCCCAUGGCAAACAAGAUGAUUCACAUAAACUAGUGUUCUCUCCACAAGCUAUCUUCCACGUUUCAUCAAUCAGUCUCAGCAACUCUUACAUCUGAUUAGCCAAUUGUAGCCAGCAGCAGAUCUCCCCAGAUUCAUUUCUAAAUCUAUCAAAACCAUGGCGAUCAAGUCCGACAACAAAACAAGAAGCUCCGUCCAGAUCUUCAUCGUCUUCAGCCUCUGCUGCUUCUUCUACAUCCUCGGAGCAUGGCAACGAAGCGGCUUCGGCAAAGGAGACAGCAUCGCUCUCGAGAUGACCAACAGCGCCACCGCAUCAGACUGCAACAUCGUCCCGAGCCUAAACUUCGAAACCCACCACGUCUCCUCCUCCUCCUCCUCCUCCUCGUCAAAGUCCAAAACCUUCGAGCCCUGCGCCGCACGCUACACCGACUACACCCCCUGCCACGACCAGAAACGCGCCAUGACGUUCCCUAGAGAGAACAUGAUCUACCGCGAGAGGCAUUGCUUCCCGGAGGACCAGAAGCUACGCUGCCUAGUCCCGGCUCCUAAAGGAUACGUGACGCCUUUCUCUUGGCCCAAGAGUAGAGACUACGUCCCUUACGCGAAUGCGCCGUACAAGGCCUUGACCGUCGAGAAGGCGAUUCAGAAUUGGAUUCAGUACGAAGGUGAGGUGUUUAGGUUCCCUGGAGGCGGGACUCAGUUCCCUCAGGGGGCUGAUAAGUAUAUUGAUCAGCUUGCUUCGGUGAUACCGAUGGAGAAUGGGACUGUUAGGACUGCUUUGGAUACUGGUUGCGGGGUUGCGAGUUGGGGAGCGUACUUGUGGAGUAGAAACGUUCGUGCGAUGUCUUUUGCACCGAGGGAUUCACACGAGGCUCAGGUUCAGUUUGCUUUGGAGAGAGGUGUUCCAGCUGUUAUUGGUGUUUUUGGGACCAUAAAGCUACCGUAUCCAACACGUGCUUUCGACAUGGCUCACUGCUCUCGUUGUUUGAUUCCGUGGGGAGCAAAUGAUGGGAUGUACUUGAUGGAAGUUGACCGUGUGCUUAGACCCGGCGGGUACUGGAUCCUAUCCGGUCCUCCAAUCAACUGGAAGAUCAACUACAAGGCAUGGCAACGUCCCAGGGAGGAUCUUGAAGAGGAACAAAGAAAGAUCGAGGAAGCUGCUAAGCUUCUCUGCUGGGAGAAGAAGUACGAACACGGCGAGAUCGCCAUCUGGCAGAAGAGAGUCAACGACGAGGCGUGCCGUUCGAGACGAGACGAUCCUAGAGCCAACUUCUGCAAAGCCACUGAUGACACCGAUGACGUGUGGUACAAGAAAAUGGAGGCGUGCAUUACACCUUAUCCCGAGACGAGCAGCUCGGACGAAGUGGCUGGAGGAGAGCUUCAGGUUUUCCCUGAUAGGCUCAACGCGGUGCCGCCUAGGAUCUCUAGCGGCUCGGUCUCUGGCGUCACGGCUGAUGCGUAUGAGGAUGAUAACAGACAGUGGAAGAAACAUGUGAAGGCGUACAAGAGGAUCAAUAGUUUGAUUGAUACUGGGAGGUACCGUAACAUCAUGGACAUGAACGCAGGGUUUGGUGGGUUUGCUGCUGCUUUGGAGUCACAGAAGCUUUGGGUUAUGAAUGUUGUUCCAACCAUUGCUGAGAAGAAUAGACUUGGAGUUGUGUAUGAACGAGGACUCAUUGGUAUCUACCAUGACUGGUGUGAGGCUUUCUCGACAUACCCGAGAACAUAUGACUUGAUCCAUGCGAACCAUCUCUUCAGUCUUUACAAGAACAAGUGCAAUGCGGAAGACAUUCUUCUGGAGAUGGAUAGGAUUCUGCGUCCAGAAGGAGCGGUUAUAAUCAGGGACGAUGUUGACACAUUGAUGAAGGUGAAGGGAAUCAUCUCUGGAAUGAGAUGGGACUCGAAGAUGGUUGAUCAUGAGGAUGGUCCUUUGGUUCCUGAGAAGGUUUUGAUUGCUGUGAAGCAGUAUUGGGUCACCAACUCCACUGCGUCUCACUGAAGUAAUGUUUUACUACGUACCCGGUGUGAGUGACCUGACAUUUUGAUCUUAUGAUAGAGCUUUCGAGCUACAUUCUCUGUCUUUGUUACCACUUUUAUAAGUACAAUCUCUAUUUAUUAAAUGUAAUAGUUUAUAUUUGUUUCUUUGUCCCAAAAGCUUGGAACUUUUGUGGUGUAUCAUUGAAUUAUCAACUUUUAUAAUGACCGAGUUAUGCUUCAAGUACAUCAAAA